CACGGUCAGGACAUUAGACUAGCAGCUGGAGUGUUAGUUAACGCCUCACUGUCAGAGGAGACCGGUAAAGAAACAAGAAGAGUCCGGACGGAAAUUUAAUCAAAAGAUUUUUUUUUAAAUAAUCAAAAAUGUUAAACAGAGCAGCAUCCAAUGCCUCAGGGAAAGUAAAGAGCAAACCAAAGCGCUCCACCAGCUUCGGCAGGUUCGAAGGCCUGAGACACCAGUCGACACAGGACCGACACAAACCGGAGGACAACGGCACGAAUGUGCUCACGGAAGACUGCGAAAGUUCCGACGCGAACAACAAAUCUUCAGCGCUCGGGAAGAAGAUGAAGGCGAUCUCUCUGACCAUGUGCAGGAAAAUGGGAAAGAAGCAGGCGAAGUCCAUGUCAGAAGAGACGACUGAUGAAACAGACAAAGACGCCGAGGUACAGACGGAGAACAACCCCCCCACUGAGACAAAGACCGCAAAGACCAGUAACUCUCUGGAAAGUGUGUUCAGCGGACAGAGCACCUCCAGCGGUGUGACCAGUGAGUCCCUCGGUUCCGGUCAGAAAGACACGGUGAGGCAAGAGGAGGUCACGUCCUACCAGGGACAGUUCUGUGGACGAGCUCGUGUCCACACGGACUUCGUCCCCAGUCCGUACGACACAGACUCUCUGAAACUGAAGGUGGGAGACAUCAUCAACAUCAUCAGCAAACCUCCGAUGGGCAUCUGGACCGGCAUGUUGAACGACAAAGUUGGAAACUUCAAGUUCAUCUAUGUGAAAGUUCUAGUGGAGACGGAGACGGAGUUGGAGGAGGAGACGACAGAGGGAGAAAAGGCUCCGGUCAUCAGGCAGCAGAGACUGUGCAGAAGACCGCGCCCCAAAACGCUGCUGGAGCUGCUGGAGCGACUGAAGCUGGAGGAGUACGCCUCCGCUUUGCUGCUCAACGGCUACCAGACGGUGGACGACCUGAAGCACCUGCAGGAGAAACACCUGAUCGAGCUGAACGUCACCGACCCCGAGCACCGACAGAGGCUGCUGGCUGCUGCCGAUUGCCACUACACGGAAGGUGAAGAAGUCAGAGACACAGAGGAGGAUAAAUCAUCCGACAGUCAACGGGGAGAAGACAGCGACUGUCCCCGAGACUCGGGCUGCUUCAUUCCCUCUGAAUGUUCAGACGGCAAAGACGACACAGAGCAGCUCACAGACGUCGCUGAAUCCUAAUCUGUACUUUCAUCCAACAAAUAUGUCGACAUUUGGAACUCAUGGUUAAAUGGACUGAUAACUCAACGCAGUAAACACAUUUUUAUUAACUGUUUUCUGAUACUGUUAUUUAUUGAGAACAAAAUCCUUCAUUGCAAAUCCAUACUGUGACUAUUUUAAUCACAGCUGGGACAAAUAUCCUGUCAUUACGAGUGUUUACAAAAGUAUGUGGAACUCAAAGGUAUUUCUUCUUUGUUGUUUUGUUUUUUUUUAAAGGGAAAUGUCUGGUUUUGCAAAUACAUAAUCAAUUAUUGCUUAUAACAUGUUUUGUACAAAAAAAACUUGCACAUAAUUUGUUACAACUUUGUCUGUUUGUAUGUGUAUGUAACAUCUGU